AUAGGACCAACUCAACACACUUAUUAUCCAACCUUUGAAACCAAAGAAAAUAAAUAUAAAGCUUCAUAGAAAUUUUGUUUAUGGUAUUCCACACACAUAAAUUUAGAUCAAUAUGGAGGAUUCGUCUCUUCUUAGCCCAAUCUCUCUCCUUACCAUUGUCAUCUUCUUGUUCAUUCUCAAUCUCAUGAUGAUAAUUCAAGACUUCUCUUCUUCUUUUCCCUGUCGUUUCCAUCUCUUCUUCUCUAAUGCCUACAUUCUAUUCGCUUCAAUAAGAAACAAUAGGCAAAAUACCGAGCUCCCAAUUAUAAAGAAAGUUUUCGUUCCAAAUCGAGCAAAUAUCAAAACAUCCGUGGAAGAAGUCAAGGCGAUGAUCGAUGACUCGGAAGCUUUAUACGAGCGUUUGAUAGAAGAAGGAGAAGAGUACUUGCUUGAGAAGAAUGAGAUGAUGGGUAAGGAGAUAGUUAAAGAGGCGUUUAGAUUAUUUGAUGAGAAUCAAGAUGGGUUUAUAGAUGAAAAUGAGUUAAAACAUGUGUUGUGUUUGUUAGGAUACGAUGAGUGUACAAAUAUGGAGUGUAGGAAGAUGAUUAAGGUUUUUGAUGAGAAUAGAGAUGGGAAAAUCGAUUUUUAUGAGUUUGUGAAGCUCAUAGAUAAGAGCUUUUGGUGAAAUAGAUUGGAAUAAUAAUAAGAAAUUAAUUAUAUUAUUGUUGGCUAA